GACUCACUUUCCUUCCACCCCAGAAGCACUGCAGUGGGCUCACCAUGUUCUCCGUCAAAGCCACGUAUCGUGGCGAAACUCGUAAAUUUUGCUUUUCUUCUCCUUCCUUUCCUUCUUAUCAGCAGUUGUACCAUCAGCUAUACAGAGUUUUUCCUAUUCAUAAGCAAUACUACCUAUCCAGGUUGCUGUUCUCGCCAGAUUCGAAGAAUGGCCCGCAGCGUAUCCUAAUUGGCAAAGAGGCUCACUCUGCAGAAGAGUACGAGAACCACAUUGCCCCGUAUCAGGGACGUUCGUUCCCUGAUCCCGUCCUGAAGUUCUCGGUCUUUGAUGAGACGCCGCACAAAGUCCCUACCAACGUUUCAACUGAAGAUGCGAUCGUUGAGAACACCGUCGUCAAUGACACAGCGUCCGCAGCAAGUGGCGCAACCAGCGCUACUGCGUCAGAGAACUCGUCCACCGUUAUCGCCGACGAGUCUCUACUCGAUAAUGAGGCUCGAAGGAGGGACGCUCGUAGAAACAUGGUUGCGCGCUUACGUGGUUCUACCGCUCGUUUUGCUCCAUUCCCUGAGUCGUCAUCGUCGUGUCUGGAGGCAUCUCCGCUUUUGGUUGAGCAGGAGAACUCCGAACGUGCCACCAGGCCGCUUCCUUCCGUACCAAAGGUGUCGUUCAAAGAGUCCGAAGAGAACACCGACAAUGAUGAAGUCGAUCACGAUGAAGCUUCCAGCUUCAGAUAUGCAAGACCUUUGUACAGAAAUAUGGUUCAGACUGCCGGUGGACCACCUUCUCAUACUCGCUUUCUCUCAGCAGUGCCACGACAACGUGAUUCUUGCGAUCUACGCAGGACAGAUGGUCAAACCGACGCAAACAACAAUGCACCUUUUGAGACAAACAUUGGCCCGAGCAAUUCCAAAGCAUGGGAUCGAUGGAACAUUCCUCCUCCGCCACUCUUCAAUGGAUUCGCGUCCGAAAGCUCAUCAAGUUCGUUGAGUGGCAAGGUUCCUUCCAAGCCGUGGUCGUCCAUCUGGGGACCCCAGCUUCCCACACCUCCACCUCCGAUCCUGUACUCUACCAUGCAGACACCCAAUGGGAUAUGGCGUACGUCCUACGACCCUGACAUCGAGAUGAACUCGCCGAGCAGAGAUCAUGCCGCUUCUCAUCACGAAGGCAACCCCUUGAUGGCGCUCCAGGGGCCAACUCAAGCUCAGCCGCCGCAGUCCACUGACGCGUCCUCUACGCUUACUGCGGACGUUUUGGCUUCAACCAAUAAUGCUUUGAAAGAUGAGCUGAUUGGAUCAAUCAAGCAAGAGUUUGCAGACCUUAAAGGGGUGGUCCUUGAGAUGCGUGAUGACUUGAAUGAAGUGGUGAAGAACUCGAAGCCGAAGGCACGAGAACCGACCACGCAGCAAGAGCCUGUGUACCGUCCCCCUUUUGAGACGUUUAAUGCAGGAAUGACACCUGGUCUAACAUCAUUCAAUAGAGGGGCGUGGACGCCUCCUCCUUCGUGGGGUAUACCGCCUCCCCCAGCCCCUCCGUUCUCGUCAAACCCAUACAUACCGAUGACCCCUGCGCAAUUCAUUCCCGCUCCACCAGUGUGCCGAAAUAAUCCCUUCGUCCCUGGUAAUUCAACAGCUUCCGACAACUGGACUGGUUUCCCCGUCGUCAACCCGACGGUCAUUCAUGCUGGAGUCAGAUGCGAUGUAUGCAAGACGAAGCCACUCGAAGGCGUGAGGUUCAAGUGCCUUGAUUGUCCCAAUUACGAUCUCUGCCGUUCAUGCGUAGCUGACCCAGAAGCUCGCAAACAUCAUGAUCUGACGCACACGUUCUGGCCUAUUCCAGAGCCCGACAACAAAGCUUCAUUCUAUGCAACGAAACAUGAACGAAGGCUUCAGAAGUCUCCGCCUGUAGUUCACCAUUAUCACGUUACCUGUGAUGGUUGUGAGACCUCCAACUUUGAGGGUGUCCGCUACAAGUGUGUUCAAUGCGACGAUUACGACUUGUGCCAGAAGUGCAUCGCAUCACCUUCGGCUCGUGUUCGUCACGAUACUGGACAUUCCUUCUGGCCUGUCACUACUCCUCAUCAUCUUGACGGAAUCAAUGGAUACGCAGAUGCCAAACGGGUUCUUCAUACUGGGGAAGCCGCGAAACCAGUGCUGUUGACUCAUGAAGGGGUGUAUUGCAACGGCUGCGGACACAUCAAUAUUCAAGGCGUUCGUUUCAAAUGCCUGGAGUGUCAAGACUUUGAUUUCUGUCGAGACUGUAUUGGUGAUCCAUACAUGCGUGGCCUUCAUGAGUCGACGCAUUCAUUCUGGCCAAUUUCUAUUCCAAAUGAUCUCAGUAUGUAUCGUGGCUUGAAGGCCGAGCAGGAGAAUAGCAAGCUGGAACAUUCUAACGUCAGUUGCGAUGGCUGCCAGAGAGGUAUUUCGGGGUUACGCCACAAAUGCCUUGACUGUGACAAUAUUGACUUCUGCACUGCUUGCAUUUCUAAACCCGAGAAGGUGGGACGGCACAACUUGAAUCAUUCAUUCUAUCCCAUCACCGUCCCCGGUGACUUCAACGCGUAUAACUUCGCGAAGAUAUCGAAGUCGUCCACAGCGGCUACUGUCCCUCGUGCUACACAAGGAGCUAUUUCUAACACUCACAUUGGUGCUGGAGAGUUACCUAGGAAUUCUGUCGAGCCAGUGAUUCAUGCAGGUAUCGUCUGCGAUCAAUGCAACUGCCAAGUCAUCGGAGUCCGCCACAAGUGUCUGGACUGCCCCGACUUUGACUUGUGUGAAUCCUGCGUUGGUUUUGGCGGUAGGGUGGCGCAUGAUCCUAGUCAUGAGUUCUUCGAGAUCAGCGAGCCUGGUCAUGUCUUCGUCCAUACCGUGUUUAGCGGGGAUGGUGAACGCGAUCCAUCUCUUCCCGCCCGCCCGCCUGCAACAGUUAACGUUCCAUCUUCGGAAGAAGUUAACGGCUUUUCCCAGCCGGAGCCUGUCGUUCAUAGUGCGACUUGCAACUUGUGUGAUUCUAGAAUCCGAGGGGAUCGCUACAAAUGCCUUAUUUGCCCUGACUACGAUACAUGCGGGUCUUGUUUCACGAUUACUCCUGAACAACACCCAAACCAUGGCUUCGUGAAGAUCAAAGACUCGAAUGAACAGCUUAUGAUGCGCAAUGGGCUUAGAGUACAUGUUACUCAUCCGGCUGCCUGCAACGUCUGCGGCUUGCCUAUCCAAGGAACUAGGUACAAGUGCAUGCAUCUCGCGUGCGACAACUAUGACUUGUGCCAGAAUUGCGAGGCUUUACCUAUCCCUGUACAUGAUGAGUCACAUCCGUUACUAAAGAUGAAGACACCCGGAACAGUCGUGCCUCAAUUACAUCUUCCUGUUGUUCAACACCGCUACGCUACUGUGGAAACUGACAAUGAAGAAGUGGCAGACGAGUCUGUGCGACAUUCCAGGAGCCCAUCUCCACUCCUGUCGCACCAGUCUAGCUAUGUUUCCCGUAGGUACCAGGAGGAGCCACACGCGAGCAAGACUUGGAGGUUGUGGCGUCCAUCCUAUCCUCACACCGUCCGGAUUCCUUCCCCGUCAACUCGGGAUUCACGCAGCGUCGACGAACGGUACGAUACGCCGUCGCCACAGCCAAUUGUUAUAAGUCCGCCUUAUCCGACUACUAGUUCAAACGUCUACUCUAUUCGUAGUCAAACACCUGGAAUCGAAGGCGAUCAGUUUGAUGAACAACGUCGCGCUUCUCCAAGUCCGACGCGUGAUCUGUGCCACCCCCAGGAUCAUUUCAACUAUCGUCUCAAUGAAUUCCGGGGUCGUAGUUCGUCACCUCGUGCCAUGGCUUAUCCCACAUUUCAUAGGACGUUCUCGCCCGUCACGGUUGAGCCUCUAAGCCCCCAGUUCAGUCGAUCAUAUGAGACACCUUCCCCUCCUCUAGGUGUAGAUACAUCUCGCGUUGACUCUCCGGCACUCAGUUACGAGAGUCGGACGCUUCCAGCACCUCGCAUUCCUGAUCUUAUCCCUGCUAUCUGGUCACCUCCUGCUAUCAGCGAUCUUGAGUUUGAAAGUUGGCCCCAGCAUUCAAAUUCAAGGCAGGAGGAUGUACCUCCGGUCGCACCUCAAGCACCCGAGACUCUUCCUAGCCUUGAGCAGCGCACUUUGGCAGGUUCAGAUGAGUCUAAAGGCGGCGUCGGUCCUGGUGUGUAUGAAUCCGGUGGUUACCGUUAUCCCGUCUACACUCAUCCCGUAGAACGAGCUUUCGUGCCAACUGCUCCUUCAUCCCCAGAAUUAGUUGCACAAUCAAACUUACCGGCGGAAGGUCACUUGGUAGACCUCAGUGAUAGCACUCCUCCCCCUCCCCCUUCCAAUGCAGUUGAUCCUGUGCUUGGUGGCGCAGCAACUCCGUCUGAGAUGCCCAAGUCGCGCGACGAGUCUGAAAGUUCACUUCCUCGUCUGGGACCCGUCAACACUCGAGAGUGGCUCGAACUUUGGCCCGAGCUCACCUCCAUGUUCUCGCAUCUUCUGCAACCGACAACUCUGCCUACCAGCGUCACGGCUUCAUCUGGAAUGCCCGGUGGUAUCAAUGCCGAAGAGCCAAAGGCUGAGGAGGCAUCGUCCACUGAGCGAGAAUUUGUCACCGCGGAGGACUCUCCUAUCGGUGGAGAAUCUCUUUUGUCCAAGCCGCCACAAGUCUCUUCUGCCACUGCCAAUGAGACGCAAAUGAGACAUGAAUUACGAGGACUAUUCAGAAACAUGGUCACACGUGUUCCUUCUCCCCCAGCUUUGGUGGCAACUCACGUCGCUGAUGUUAACAUUCCGGAUGGUCAGUUCUUCCCUCCUGGUGCUGAGUUCGUCAAAACAUGGCGUAUGAAGAAUGAUGGCCAAGGAGCUUGGUCAGAGAAUACUGAGAUGGUUUAUGUUGCUGGUGACCGAAUGGCUCCGUAUCCCGAGGCUGCAUCCAAGUUCAAGGUUGGGGUUGUCCAGCCUGGCGAGGAAAUCGAGAUCACUGGUGGUGAGAUGAAGGCUCCUGAUGUACCAGGAAAAUAUGUUAGCUACUGGCGUCUGAGUGAUGGAGAAGGCAAUGUCUUCGGUCAUAGUGUUUGGGUGGACAUCACCGUUGCUGAGAUGAAUGCCACCAAUGAGUCUUCAGGAGAAGAAUCUCUGGCCGCAUCCUCCGUGAUCAUGCCUCACGUUCUUCAUGUCGAGCCUGUCUUCAACUCUGCUGGUCCUUCGGCUGCUGCUACUUCGUUCACAACGCCUUCCAGCCCCCCUUCAGAUGAUGGCUCUUUCGAUUCCUCUGUCUCGUUGCUAGAUGCUCCCUCGUCACCCUCAGAUGAUGAAGAUGAAGCAAUCUACCACGAUAGCCGUUCUCGCAUCCUGCCGACCCCUGCGGAGGUGCCGGUGACUGUUGACCAUGACAUCGAGGUUUCUGUGUCAUGUUUCUGGACAAUGUCUUUCCCAUCCAAUACUUGUACUCUUCCUGCUUGUUCUCACGGUUUCCCAAUGACUUUCGUUUUCGGUUUAGGUACUAUUUGAUAUUCCCUGCAUCGAUCACCUGAAAUAACGUGUACAAUACUUUAUGUGGUCCAAUGUAAACAUU